GACAUCGCUACGCACCUUGAACUUCGUUACACUACGUUCACAGAUGAGAAAAUAAUAACGCGAGUAUACACACAGUGCAUCGCGCAAACAUGUUAGUAGUAUUACUUCUAAUAUCUCAAAUAUCUUGCGAGUGGGUGGAGAUAUCCCAGAAUAAUUACAGGAAGGAACCUCCCCAGAGAACAGUGCCACAAGCAGUUAACGUUCGAUAUGAAGAAAAACCCCAAGAUAGCAGACUUUAUCGCAAAAACCAUUCGCUUAUUCAAAAUCCAUGGAACAAAGCUAUAAUCGAUAGAGUGACUAACGUAGGCAAUAUACAACGAGUACUAGAUCCAAGUGUUAAAACACCAUCUAUGAAGAUGAGGCCCAAUGAAAAUGUACUUCACAAGUCAUCCAGUGGUAAAAUAGAAUUAAAUAAUCAUUAUACUAUCAAUUCUGAACUCCCGCGUGUAUCGAUAUACAGUCCACUUCAAGUAGAAGAAACGAAACGGAGUGAAGCAACACAUAGAGAUAUGAUCACGAAAUCCAAUAACAAAGAACUUGUAAAGCAUUCACAUGUAAUAAAUAACAGUAAUGUUAAAAAUAUAGUGAAAUCUUCUUCGCAAGUUCCUUCAAAUCGUAGGAAAAUUUUCUUAGAAAAACUUAACAACUCUCCAAUUAAAGGAUCUGGUGGGAAUAAAAUCUACAGAAAGCAAGAAAGCGACAAAGAAUUUGACGAAGACGAUAUUCCCAACGAAGAUAGUAAUCUCCACGACGGUAACGAGAAAUAUAUAAGAAAUUUUCAAAGAAUACCUAAUAAUGGACAAAGUAAAUUUAAUUUGUUAAACAACUUGAGAAAAACUAAUAUUUUCAGUAAUACUUCGAUUCCAAAAGCAACAAGAAUAAGCGAUAUAUUCGGUACAGAUAAUAUAAAAGAUUUCCAGAUUAUAGGAAAUUUCGAUGAAGACGAGCUAAAAGAAGUCUCGUUGAAUGAUUAUAAGUUUUCCAAUGCCUCGAUUACAACAACACCAAAUUUUUAUAAUACUAGAUUAAACAAAAUACCGUUUGAAAAUACAGAUGAUCAGACUAGUAAAUUAGAUUUUUCAUCUUCAUCUAAAUUGAAAAUAAUUCCUAGUAUCGAUUUAAAAACAAAUGCUCCAGAAAAAUCAAUGACUAAUGAAAAAGAAAAUAUAAUUGAUAAAGAUCAAAUUUCAAUAAUGCCAAAGGCAGAGACGUUAAGUGGAAUGUGGAAGCUAAUGAAACUUGUUACAGAGACUAUCUAUAAAAAUACACACAGAACCUUCAAGAGUAAGAUUAAAUACCUGGAGGGUUUAAAGACCACUAUAUUAACAAGCAUAGAGGAACGAGUCGAGAAUAUUUGGCCCGAUGACAUAGAACAUCGAGGUUCGAGAAAACGACGAGCGCGUUCCGCGGAGGCGCGUGGCCACAUCGAGUUUCCCUCAUCCGAAACUACACUUAUGACCAUAUCGUUUCUCACAUUUGCGGUUUUCCUCAUAAAAUUAGUUUUGCAAGUAAUCCACACGUACAAGAAUAAAACGAUGAUGGUUGCCCCUGCGGUGUUUGCGGCGGUGGGACGCGCGGCAGCUGCCAUCCGAAAACAAAACUAAUUUUAAUUAAAUGUGAUCUAUUUUAAAAUAAAUGUUUUG